GCACGAUCAGACACAAAGCAGACCGUUCAAAGGAGUGUGAAAGAAGCGAUAUUUUAGCCGGAUGGAUUUUCUGUGAUCUGGUUAUUAAGAAUGAAGAUUUUAGUUUUUCUUGUGUGCUGUGCAUUAGUUGUAAAAAGUUCUUGGUGUGAUGGCAUUUCCAUCAUCGGUUCGAAGUACAUAAGACCCAACCGACCGUAUACGGUCGCAUUCGUGAACCCGUUGAAUAAGAACGUGAAACUAAACCUUUCGCUACAGUGUAACGAUUUCGACGAUGCCGUUCUCAAAAAGGAGUCCACUUUAAAGCUUGGUCGCAUAUCAGGAAAGCAUGUUCAGUUUCCCGUUCCGAGUAUCGCCGAUACAAGCGAGUGCACGUUCUCGGCCAUCAACGAUGGUGGCGAAGUUGUCGUCUACUAUGACGUGGAUCUGAUGAUUCCGGAAAAAACUGUUUCCAUCUUCAUUCAAACCGACAAACCGGUGUAUAAGCCGGGAGAUGUGCUUCGUUUCCGUGUGGUCGUGGUGGAUAUCGAGACAAAACCCGUGACCAACAUCAAAACGAUCGAGGUCCUCAUCAAGGACAAGGAUGACAAUUCUGUCAGACACUGGACAUUUGCCAAGCUUAACAAGGGCAUUUUCGAAACAUCAUACCAAAUGGCAGCCGUACCGGUGCUGGGAACGUGGACCAUCACCGUAACCGCUAAAGAUAAUGCCAUUCUCAAUGAGAAAGUACAACCUUUUGAAGUCAUGGAGUAUGUACUACCCAAGUUUGCCGUUAAAGUCUGGCCGUCGAAGAUCCUGCUGACCAAAGACAGAGAGAUAAGCCUGAACGUAGAAUCACACUACACUUUCGGGCAGCGUGUCGAAGGGCAGGUUAUAGCGAAUCUUUAUUUGUACAAAUACAGCAAAAGAGCAGACCAUACAACUGUCGGAAAAAUUAACGGGAAUACUGUAGUUAAAUUUCAGCUCAAGGAAGAAUUAGAAGUGGAAGAGACCAAAGAUCACACAUUGGUUAAUGUGACAGUCACUGUAAAGGAUUCUAUCACAAAUGCCACAGUUAACGUUACGCAGCAGAUUCCCGUGUAUUUGAACCCAUAUAAGAUAUCGUUGAUUAAACCUUCUUUUUAUUACCGUCCGGGAGCGCCAUAUCAUUUCAAAAUAUCGGUCAAAGAUCACACUGGAUUACCUUUGGAACAAGGAAAAACGGUAAAAAUCUUCGUCGACGGUGAGGAAAAAUCGGCGCCACUGGAUGGUCAAGGUCUGGCUUCCUUCGUCAUCCCAACGCCAGAUGAAGUUGAGAAUAUUACUGUAUCGGCUGAAAUCGACUCAGUAGAAUACGACGGCAUCGGAACUAUCGAAGGUUUGGAAAGCAGCAGUACGCAAUAUCUUCAAAUACAUUCAAAGCAAAGGAUCAUUGUUGGGAGAUCAACGUCAUUUACCAUCAGUUCCAACGAGCCGUUCGUGCAGUUUACGUACUUUGUUGCGACUAGAGGCAGCAUCGUCAAUUUUGGCCACAUAAAAUCUCCAAAGAAAAAAACCUACGCCUUGAAAUUGCAUCUCACAGAAGCAAUGGCACCGAAGGCAAAGCUGGUGGUUUUCUUUACCAAAGAAGGGCAAUUUAUAAAUGACUAUUUUGAUUUGGAUUUCGUAUCAUUCGCUAAUGACUUUGAAUUCAAGCUGGACGAUGAAUCGUACCGACCGGAUCAGGAUAUUUACGUCGAAGGUAAGGCCCCGACUGACUCAAUUGUUGUCUUCCAAGCGAUCGAUCAAAGUGCGCUGCUACUGGGACACACUGAAUAUGGCCUCACCAUGCAAGGUAUACUUGACGAUCUGGAUCAGUACAAUGGCAAUGGAAACGAUAAUGCACUGGAUUGGUUUGAUUCGAUUGGGCUAUUUUUUAGAAGCGGUUCUGUUGUUGAUGCCUUUGGUUCAAGUCGUGCCAAACGAUCCCCAUUCUACCAGCCAUUCGGACAGAGAACGGUCAAAAAACCCGUCCUGCUGAGGUUAGAUUUUCCGGAAACUUGGCUGUGGAGAAACUUAAGCAUGAACAACAAAGAUACGUUCGAGAUUGAAGAUUUAGUACCGGAUACGAUCACCUCUUGGUAUGUGUCAGGGUUCGCACUCAGUCCCAAUCGAGGGCUGGGAAUAAUGAAGUACCCGCGGAAAUUUACGGUGGGCAAAUCGUUCUAUAUGAUAGCCCAUCUACCGUACUCGAUCAAGCGCGGAGAGGUGGCACUGAUACAGGUUAGCCUGCACAAUUUCCUUGGAAACACGGUGACUACGGAUGUGACUCUCUUCAACAAGAAUGACGAAAUUGAGUUUGUCGAGAAGUCUUCCAAAGAUGAUAGGCGUCGGAGUAAGGCAGUCAUUAUACAUUCCAACCAAGUGAAACCGAUAUCAUUUUUGAUCAAAGCAAAGAAGUUGGGCGAUAUUUCUAUCAAGAUCGAAGCCGUCAACGAUUUAGCAUCCGAUGGAUUGGAGCACUUGCUACAGGUCACCCCGGAGAGUCGAGAGUACAUAGCAAAUGAACCCAAAUUCAUUGAUCUGCCGGAGUUUAAAAAUCUGUCGUUCAACAUCAAUUGUAACAUACCACGAGCCGUCGACCCAGGAUCCAUCAAGAUAAAGGCGUCCAUCGACCAUGAUGUGAUAGGAUUACCUGCUAAGCAUUCGGAAUCACUAAUCAAUAUCCCCAAUGGGUGCGGUGAUCUGAACCUUUUGACGUUCAUUCCGAACAUUGUUGCACUGGAUUAUCUCCACUCAACAGUCUCUGACCCUGACGAAACGAUUAAGCAAAAGGCAAUUGACUCUUUGAGCAAGGGCUAUGAUAACCAACUGAAGUACAAAAGCGCUAACGGUGCCUUCAGACAAUGGAUUUCAGAGCCGGGCACUGAAAGUAUAUUUCUCACGGCCCUGGUGGCCAACGCUUUCGUAACGGCAUCCAAGUACAUCACGGUUAAUCGCGCAGUGAUCAACGAUGCCUUCUCUUGGUUGGCAGGCAAACAAAAUAAGAAUGGAUGCUUCGAUGAGGUCGGUGAAGUACUCUACUCCCCUAUGCAAGACAAUUCUUCAUCUAUCGCAUUGACGGCGUUCGUAGUGGUUGCCAUUAAGGAGAAUCAAAUUUUUUCCAGCGAAUACAAAAUACUUGUAGACAAUGCUGUUAAAUGUCUGGCAGGUAAAAUUGAUGAUCUUAAGAGUGAUUAUCAUCAAGCUUUGGUAACGUAUGCUUUAUCAUUGACCAACCACCCAAAGCGAUAUGAUUCUCUUGGAAAACUCAUUAAAAAUUCAGAAUCCAAUAUGGAAGAUGGGCGCUACUGGGAUGAAGGUUCUUUGAGUAUUGAAAUCGCAGGGUAUGCUCUGCUGUCAUAUAUCGCACAGGAUCUUCCGUUGCAAGCCUUGGAAAUUUAUAAGUGGUUGAACCAACAACGAUAUUCUUCCGGCAAUUUUGCUGGAGUUCAAAGUACCUUCGUAGGUCUGAAAGCAGUGGGUAAAAUGGCACAGACCUUUUCCCAAUCGCCUGUUGACUACAGGGUACAAAUCACAUCGAAAAUCAGUGAUUCUCAGCUCAGAAAAUGGGACUUCCAUAUAGAUCAGUCAAAAUCAUUGUACAUCACCGAGCAAGAACUGCCUGAUACACACCGUGUUUUUCAAGUCAGCGUCGCUGGUAUUGGAUAUGGCCUUUUUCAACUGUCGUAUCAGUAUCAUCACAAUAUCGCAUCAGCCAAAAACAGUUUCCACCUUACAAUAGAAUUGUUGAAGACGAGCAACUACGAGGUUCAAGAUUUAAAAGUAUGCUUAAAAUUUACACCGCCUGAACACAAAGUACAAUCCAACAAGGUUCUCGUUGAAGUACAUCUUCCAAGCGGUCUCAUCGUCAACGAUAAUGCAGUACGAGAUUUAUCUUCUGGUAGAGAAAUUAAAAAUACCAUGCGUUCGUUCGACGGAUCCGCCAUGUAUGUAUACUACAGUACCGUGGGACAUCGUGAGCUUUGCUUCGUGGUAACUGCCCAUCGCAAGUUCAAGAUUGCAAUGCACCGGCCGGCAUACGUCGUUGUGUAUGACACGGAAGAUAGAGCUCGUUUUGCUUUGGCGACCUAUGAAGGAAUCGUACUGCAAGUUUGCGACAUCUGUGAAGAUGAGGAUUGUAGAACACUUGCAUGUUAAGGUGGGCAACUGUAUCCGUUUUCGUCAUGUUUUGGCCUAGAAAAGCAAUUCUUAUCGU